AUGCUAAAGAACCUGGGGUUCACUCCUGUGCUCCCCCCCGACAUGAAGGCCAAGCUCACGCUGGUCUUCAAAAGACUAGACAGACACGUGGUUAACGAACCUGAGUCAGCAAUUGCCGACGAGAUCAUGGCAGCUCAAACUAAUGAAGAUCCCCCAGAUCUCCCAACCACCCCAGUGACAACUCCUAAGCCUGACGCCUCAGUUAGGCCAAAGGAACCAAAGCAGCCACCAGCAGACCCUCCCAUGGAGGUCCGCCAGACCUUCCCGGACCCAUCACCACAAACCCCCCCCAGGGAAGUCCGCCAUACCUCCCCGGACCCACCACCACCAUCUCCGGUUGCCUUCCUUCUUGGAAAAUCCCGGGUCCUGCUUAAUUCUGCAGCUGGGGAAAACCCCUCCCAAAUUCAGAAUUAUGAGUUCUACCCGCUCGCUUACUCGCAGCUUUUGAAACAACAAACUCGAAUUUUCGUCUCUGAAGAGCCUUCAGACACGGCGCCGGACAAAGGAGCCCCUCCGGUAGAAGCAAUGUCUGCCCCAGAAGAUUUUAGCCUCUGCGACGUCCUUUGUACAGGGUCUUCACCAUCACCGGCUCGCCAGCAUCUCCAUUACAAGAUAAUGAAGGGGACAGUGUGGCCCUUGAUGACAUGA